AUGGAGGGCGUCAUGGACCUGAGCGUGGCCGGCCGCGACAAGCAUCGCGCCGCGCGGGCCCCGGGAGGGCUGGCGACCACGUGGCACAGCGACCUGCCCGGGGUGGCGGUGACCUUGGAGAACGCCGCCCUCUGGCGCGAGUUCCACGAGCUGGGCACGGAGAUGAUCAUCACCAAGUCUGGUCGGCGCAUGUUCCCGUCGCUGCAGCUGCGCGUGCGCGGGCUCGACCCGGCCGCCAGCUACGCCGUGCUGCUGGACGCCGUGCCCGCCUCGCCGCGCCGCCACCGCUUCGGGGGCGGCGCGUGGGGGGAGGCGGGCGGCUCCGAGCUGCACCUGGCGCCGGCGCCGCCGCGCGUCUACGUGCACCCCGACUCGCCGGCGGCUGGAGCGCGCUGGAUGGCCGAGCCCGUGUCGCUGCACCGCGCCAAGAUCACCAACAACCCGGCCGACCAGAGCGGCCACAUCAUGCUGAUGUCGAUGCACAAGUACCUGCCCCGGGUGAUGGUCGCCAGGACCGCCGACGUGCGCUCGGCGCUGUGGAGUCCCGUGCACGUGUGCUCCUUCCCCGAGACGGAGUUCAUCGCCGUCACGGCCUACCAGAACAAAAAAAUCACAAACCUGAAGAUCAACAAGAAUCCUUUUGCAAGAGGUUUCAGAGAAGGCGGUCAGUCCAACAGCAAACGGAAAUGUAACAAGGAACAUAUCACAGACCCGGUGGACGGCGACGACGAGGCCCGCAGGAGGCGCUGCUCCGAGCCCAGCUCCGAGCACUCGGCGGACGACAGCGGCUGCGUGUCCGCCGGCUCGUGCUCGCCCGCGACGGACGACGGCCGGACGCCAGCCUGCCUGCCGCUCGCCUGCCCGUCGCGCGAGCUGUGGAGGUCCCCGUGCUGCCCGCCGCUGCUGCUGCUGCCCCCGCUGCCCCUGCUGCCCCCGCCGCAGACGCCCUUCCUCGCCUGGAGUGACCACGCGCUCAACCUGGCCCUGGACGCCAAGGGCUGCUGCGCCUUCCCCAGCAGCUGACCGCUCGCCCUGUACAGACCAACAAGUGUGAAUGUGCAAUAACCAGAGACACGGACAUUUCGCUCGUUCACUCGGUUACAACGAUCCGUCUCGUCAGUCCGUCAGUCACGUGAUCAGCGGCCGAUCAGAUGCCCAUUGGUCAGUCCAUCAAAACCUUACCGGGCUUUAACUUUCGGCGGACGGACGGACAGAUGAAAUAACCUUCCAAAUGUUAGCCGGCAACCUUUACUGUCGAAAAUAGUUUUUAAAGUGUUUUUAGUUGCUUCAAAUUGAUGUUUUUAACGUAUUUUUGAACUCAUUUUUAACACAAAUAAAUUUUAAUAAAUAUCAGAGCGAAAAUAAAAUGUGUUAAAUGAUUUAUUGCGUGCUUAAAUUUCAUGAUCGUUAGUCUAAAAUACCUGUACAAGAUAUAUUUUCACCACUAUUUGAGCCUUCUAUUCAGUUUACAGCAUCAAAAUAGAAAAGUAUUUGAUGGACCUGCGGAUCAUUGUUGAGUCCGCCUUUAGAAGGCAAAUCUUCAAACUCUCGCACCGUGUUCAUGAUUGAACCUCUUCAACCGUGAGCGAACUACGCCCAGCUAGGAGAGAAGUAAGUGAAUCAGGUAGUGCUGAUUAACAAGAACAAAAAUAUGCUCGCAGGGAAAUCAACCAAUGAAUAAAGCAAACACCUGGGAGUUUUAAUUCUAGCCUGAAGCCAAGUUGAAUCAGUGGAAUGUCCGGCUCUCUAGCAAUAACAGAUUUUUAUACGCUGUUAAUUAUACUAUGACCGUGUUUUGCUAAAGAAUAAAUGUUUUAACAAAGUAA